AAACACGGCGCCUGGGUUUUAGGACAAAAUGUACCACAGUUUAAGAAAAUGUAUAUUAUAGAUGUUCUCAAGUAUUCAGAUUGUAUUUCUGCUGCUAGAAUGAUCUAAUUUCACCUGUUAAUUAGCAUGUUAUUAGUCAGAAGAUUCACAGGCACAGGAAGACAUCACUUGGCUAAGAUGGCAGGAGUUGCUCAGAAUCACACCCCAAAGCGGCCAGGAGUGGGUCUCGGAGUGAUCGUCACUGAUUCCUCCCACCCAGGAUGUGUGCUUCUAGGAAAGAGAAAGAGUUUGGUUGGGAAAGAGAAGUGGCAGUUACCUGGAGGUCACGUUGAAUUCGGCGAGACAUGGGAGGAGUGCGCACAGAGAGAGGUGAUGGAGGAGGCCGGCAUUCAGUUAAAGAACCUCCGGUUUGUCUUCGUAGUGAACUCCAUCAAGCUUGAAGAAAACUAUCACUACAUUACACUCUUCAUGCAAGGAGAAGUGGACAAGGACUUCAUAACAUCCGAGCCAGUAAAUAUGGAGCCCGAGAAAAAUGAAGGUUGGUCAUGGAGAGCCUGGGAUGACUUUCCCCCUGAGGAGCAGCUUUUCCUACCACUGGCCAAUGUGAGACAGCAGGGUUUCCAGCCAUUCAAGAAGACUGAAUGCGAUCAAGGAAUACUUUCCUAAGUGAAGGCCCUCAGAAUAAAGUCUCCAUCCAGUUGCCCUAACCUUAGAAUUGACAUGAAAUGAGCACCGCAAAUAUGGCUUCAAGCUACAGCAAUAGCAUAGCAUUUAAUGUGUAAGUAAUAUUAAACAUAUUUCCAGUUUAGUCCAACUACAGAGACAUCGUUUUUUUUGGAGUGUCCCCUGUAUUUAUAGCAGUAUACUUAUUACCCAUGGUAGUAUGACUGAUUCAUAUCUUAGAUUUACACUUACAGGAUUUACUUUAGUAUGAAGCAGAUCCAUGCAUUUGGAGAGGUUAAAUUCACCUAAACAUUUUGAAAGUGUGGUUUUAAAGCCUUUAAAGGAAAUUAAUGUAAGUGUGCGCACAAGUCAAAGGAAGAAAAUAACCUUUUUGAAAAUUCAGUUUUUAAGAAACAGGGUUGAGCUGAAAAUCUCUUUAAAAAGCUAAGAACUGAACAGAUGAUGGGCGAAUGUUAUUGCAUCAUAAAAUAUAACAACCAAUCAUGUUUCAGUAUGCAAACAUAUUGUUGUACAGUAACAGUGAAAGUGAUGGGGAUGAUUUAAAGGUUUAAAAUUACCUUAUGGGGCAUAUUACAGGAAAAUCCACCCUGAAUCUCUUGCAUGUUAAUCUUUAUAAUUAAAACAUUAUCUUCAGUGGCAUCCAGGAUUUAUUUUAUAGUGAGCGGAACUUUUUAAUUUAAACUUCUUUCAUCAACAUGUUGGUCUGUUUUCACUUUG